CCAAAAUGUGUGUUGGAGUAGGCGGCGUGCAGGACAAAGACAGGGCAGAGGGUGCAGGAUGGGGUGAGGUGAAUUAAAAGAGCAGGUGUAAGGUACUGGUGGGGGGCAGUAGCAGGAUUGUGAAGGUUCAGGGAGGUGAAGAUUGGGAACGCAGGUGGGAGUGGAGUAAGGGAUGUGUCUAGUGGUUGCAGGAAGGCAGGGGCUGUAUGUGUGGUAGUGGGCAGGGGAGUUCCAGGCCUGACAAGGUAUGUGGCGCGUAGGCUGGUGAGCGUGGACUGCGGGAUGGGUGAGGACGGGCUGAAAGGUCAGAGCAGGGCGGCAAGGGUGCAUGUGCCGCAAGGGACAAGGGCUGCGGAGUACGCUCCGGGCAGGCACGUGCUGCACAGCGGAUACAAGGGCUGGGGGCGCCAGGUGCGGGCCGAGGGGAGUCGUGCAGGGCGGGGGCGGGCACUACUAGCUGCGUGCAGGGAGCCCGCCGCCCGCACGUUCCCCCUACAAGAUGGCGUCUCCAGGCCGCCGUUUACAUAGCGCUGGGGGAAUCGGCGCGAGGCGGGACUUCCUGCCUGCCGCGCUCCACAACUGCUUCCUCGGGCGCGAGGGCUGGUGAUUGGGGGCCCCUGAGCGAGCCGUCUCUCACCGCCCCACAUCCGGGACUUUCAUUCCCGCCCCCCCUUUUCCCGCUCCCCGCACACACACACACAGCCGGAAAUGACGGCAGAGCCGGCCCGCCGCUUUACUGAUCCACGCGGGAGCCAGGUGUGGCCACGCCCCCUAGUUCCGCAAAGGGGGAGGGGGGGGGGCGAGAAAGGCAUCGGCCCUUGGUAGCUGCGCCUGUUGAGCGAAGUAACCGUGUCCGCUCGCGGCCCUCGCACUGUACUCAUCAUCAACACUCGCCUGGGCGGGAAGGGAGGGAGCGCCGCUCGCGCGCGCGCCCUAGAAGGAGGAGCGCUCAGUCCGACCCCUCCCCGCGUUCCGCGAGAGGCAGGGGGGCUCCCCUCCUGCCUGCGCGCGAUCCAAGCCACCUCCCGCCGGCGCCUGGACGGGAGGUGUCAAUCAUGUGGUCGGCCCCGCCUCUUCCGGGCCUCUCAGGCUGGGCCGCCGCCUCCUCCUCCUCUCGCUCGCUCUCUCUCUCCCUUUUGUGAGUUAUAGCAACCGUUGCCUUGUGAAUCAAGCGCCAUAGUCACCGUAGUCCUGGCGACUGUUACCCAUCAACAACAACCGCUCCUCUCCUCCUCCUCCUCCUGCUGCUGCUCCUCCUCACCCCCAUCCUCACCCCCUUCCUCAUCAUCACCCACAACAACAACAACAGCCACCAGCAAGAGCAACAACAACAGCAACACCACAGCCCUGCACAGCCCAGAGACCACGAUGCAGACGUCCGAGACUGUGUCGGACACAGGUUCAACAGUGACUUUACAGACAUCUGUGGCUGGUCAGGCAGCGGUGCCCACACAGGUAGUACAGCAAGUGCCAGUGCAGCAACAGGUACAGCAGGUGCAGACCGUGCAGCAGGUACAGCAUGUCUACCCAGCACAGGUGCAGUAUGUGGAGGGAAGUGACACGGUCUACACAAAUGGAGCUAUCCGAACAACAACUUACCCUUACACAGAAACCCAGAUGUAUAGCCAAAACACCGGGGGGAAUUACUUUGAUACUCAAGGAGGUUCUGCACAAGUGACAACAGUGGUCUCAUCUCAUAGUAUGGUUGGCUCUGGAGGUAUUCAGAUGGGUGUCACAGGAGGACAACUCAUUAGCAGCUCUGGAGGCACCUAUCUGAUUGGCAAUUCAAUGGAAAAUUCUGCUCAUUCAGUGACUCAUACAACACGGGCCUCUCCAGCUACACUCCAGUGGCUCUUAGACAACUAUGAAACAGCAGAAGGAGUGAGUCUCCCCAGAAGUACCCUUUACAAUCAUUACUUACGACACUGUCAGGAGCACAAGUUGGAUCCAGUUAAUGCUGCCUCCUUUGGAAAACUCAUAAGGUCGAUUUUCAUGGGGCUACGGACCAGGAGACUAGGAACCAGGGGGAACUCCAAAUAUCAUUACUAUGGGAUUCGUGUCAAGCCAGAUUCUCCUCUUAAUCGGCUACAAGAGGACAUGCAAUAUAUGGCUAUGAGACAACAACCCAUGCAGCAGAAACAGAGGUACAAGCCUAUGCAGAAAGUGGAUGGGGUUGCAGAUGGUUUCACAGGAAGUGGUCAGCAGACAGGCACAUCUGUUGAGCAAACUGUAAUUGCCCAAAGUCAACAUCAUCAACAGUUUUUGGAUGCAUCUCGAGUACUUCCAGAGUUUGGAGAAGUUGAAAUACCUUCUUUGCCAGAUGGUACUACAUUUGAGGAUAUCAAAUCUCUGCAGAGUCUUUAUAGAGAGCACUGUGAGGCAAUAUUGGAUGUUGUAGUGAAUCUUCAGUUUAGCCUGAUAGAAAAAUUGUGGCAAACUUUCUGGCGCUAUUCUCCUUCCACUCAAACUGAUGGCACUACUAUUAGUGAACCGAGCAAUCUGAGUGAAAUAGAAAGUCGACUUCCGAAAGCAAAGCUGAUUACUCUGUGCAAAAAUGAGUCUAUUCUGAAAUGGAUGUGUAACUGUGACCAUGUGAUGUACCAGGCUUUGGUGGAGAUUCUCAUUCCUGACGUCCUUAGACCUAUUCCUAGUGCCUUGACCCAAGCCAUUCGCAAUUUUGCAAAAAGCCUUGAAGGUUGGCUUUCCAAUGCCAUGAACAAUAUUCCACAGAGAAUGAUACAAACCAAGGUUGCCGCUGUAAGUGCCUUUGCCCAGACUCUGCGAAGAUACACAUCUCUUAAUCACCUGGCUCAGGCAGCUCGUGCCGUGCUUCAGAACACUUCUCAAAUCAACCAGAUGCUCAAUGACCUCAAUCGUGUGGAUUUUGCAAAUGUCCAGGAGCAGGCUUCCUGGGUAUGCCAGUGUGAUGACAACAUGGUUCAAAGACUAGAAACAGACUUCAAGAUGACUCUUCAGCAGCAGAGCACUCUGGAGCAGUGGGCUGCCUGGCUCGAUAAUGUAAUGAUGCAAGCAUUGAAACCAUAUGAAGGAAGACCCAGCUUUCCUAAAGCAGCACGGCAAUUUCUGCUAAAGUGGUCUUUCUACAGCUCAAUGGUUAUUCGAGACUUAACCUUACGCAGUGCUGCUAGUUUUGGCUCUUUUCAUCUGAUCCGCCUGCUUUAUGAUGAGUACAUGUUUUACUUAGUAGAGCAUCGUGUUGCUCAGGCAACGGGAGAAACACCUAUAGCAGUUAUGGGAGAGUUUGGUGACUUAAAUGCUGUUUCCCCUGGAAAUAUGGAUAAAGAUGAGGGCAGUGAAGUUGAAAGUGAAAUAGAUGAAGAGCUAGAAGAAUCUGGAGAGCCACAAGCCAAGAGAGAGAAAACAGAGCUAACCCAGGCAUUUCAGGUGGGCUGCAUGCAGCCGGUACUAGAAAGUGGAGUACAGCAGAAUCUCCUGAACCCACUUCACAAUGAGCACAUUGUCACAAGUACUCAGACUAUCAGACAAUGCAGUGCUACUGGAAAUACAUAUACUGCAGUCUAACAAAUAUUAAAGCUUUUUUUUCCACCAGAUUACAUUAGCCCUGUUGAUGUUGGGCUUAAUAUGAAAAAAACAAGAGUAAGUCUGAAGGCGACUGUUGUCAAAUUUUAGCUUUGCUGAACAUUACCUUUGUUGGAGUUGUGAAAUUGCAAUGGGUGUAUGUAUUUUGCCAGAUCUGUUUAAAAAAAUUUUUGUAAACAAAAUCAUUUUACUCAAUAUCAAGAGUUUUCUUAGUUUCACAUGUCAAGAAGGAUUUUGCAGAGCUUACUGUUGAUGUUUUUGUCCUCUUAUAAUUAAAGUAAUUUAAUUUUUUCAUAGUUUUUUAAAAAACAUGUUAGUGUUAAUUGUUAGUUAUGGUGAUGAUUUAAUAUACAUAGUUUUUUAACUAGAUGCACUUCUGUGAAAUAUCAAAAGAAAUAUUUUCUUUGAUUUACACUGGAGGCAUUUUCAUUUGACAGCAGAUGCAUCAAAUUUGUCAUAAAAAGGUGCUUUUCAUUGGACAGAACUAGAAGACACUACUAUUUUGAUCACAUUUCUGAGCAUUCAGUGGGAAAGUUUUAGGAAUUUUUCUUAUAAUGCUAGAGGGUUGGGGGAAGAUCUAUUGCUUUUUAUCUACGGAAGAAUUGUGUUUUCUGCAUUUGUGAAUGCAGAAUAAAUGAGAGAAUGGUAAUGAGUACAUAAUAAAUGUACGUAAUUAUCAGACCAUCACAUAAACAACGCAAGCUUCCUUAAAAACCAUCAGUUUUACAUUUUAUUUGCAUACCAGUUCCUCUGUUUGAAGACUACUGAUUCUAUAUUUGAGACCACUGCACAGAUGCUUUCAGCUGUAAAGUGGGACUGUAGUAGUUAGAUACUGAAGAUGAAAAAGAAGUGACUUGAUUUUUUUAAGUGUAUGUGCUACUUAUGCUGAACUGGACAUACAGGAAACCAUUCCAUCUGGAUGACUUUCUUCUAUUCCAGGUCUUUUUCCUACUAGUAGUUCAAUCUGCUGCUCUUAUAAAAGAUAACUUAUAGAAUGCAAGGAAUGUAGCAACCUGCAUCAUAUUUACUUCAAAAAUAUUUCCUGGUUCUUAAAGUAAGUGGAUUUAAAUUUUUACAAAAAAUAAAUAAGGCAGUGUAACUGGCACACCUCACUUGUACUUAUUCCCAAUUGUGUAGAAUUUGAAUAGGUGGCUAGAUGGACCAUUGCCAUUUAAGAAUGUACAUCAGGGAUCAUUGUACCUCGGCUAUUACAUGGUGCCUUAAACAGAACUGAAGCUAAGAUUUAGUACUUUUGUUAUUAAUAAUUCUUAAAUUCAUUCAACAAGGUGUGCCUGUCAUUUUCAAAUUCCCUAAGAAGUAAGGGCAGGUUACAUAUUCUUCAAAGAAAUAAAGGAAAUUUUUUAUUACUAAAUGGUUUUAAUAACCCUCUUAGAGUGACAAUAAACCUAUUUUUUCUUGUUUCUAGCUGAAUUUCACUUUAUUGCGAAUGAGAGAUGCUUGGGGAUCUGGAAAGCAAAAUUAGCUUUAAUACCAACUUCACAUGUUAACAAAGUAGGUUAACCCCAGUCCCAAGCAUGGUUAUAUAUUUUCUAAACCCUUGUCUACUUUUAAUUUUAGAAAGUAAACAAAAUGAGCAGGUACUUAAUGCAGCACAUGUUUUCAAUUUGUAUGUGUGGUGGGGUGUCAGUCUGCAAUUACGUUUAAUGGCUAAAUCAUAGAGAAUGUAUGCACAUCCCAUUUUAAUUGACGUGAAACAUCUCACAGGCAUGUGUGAUCAUUUUAUAUUAUACAUUUCAUUAUUUUUAAAACAGGCACACAAAUCUACUCAGUUCUAAUAGUGGAAAUAAAUAAGCAAGCAAAAAAGCCAAAAAUGGAGGAAAGCACACACACAAAUAUUUCAGUUUUAUUGAGGGGCCUGUUGGAAAAAAAAACCUAAGGAGUUAUUUAGUCUGGUUUAUUUAGUGUGUCUGUGGACUGAUCUUUUACAUGUACCAAAUGGCUGAACAGCAUGUGAGAUGAACAGUAUAUUUAUAGCAUACAUCUUUCUUGCUAGUGUUCAUAUGUUCUAAGAACUGAUACAGAUCAAGUUAAUUUUCUUAUUAAUAAACAUUUUUAAGGUAUAAAGUAUGUUAUAAAUGGCUUAAAGUUAUACUUUGCAGAAUUUGGGGCUCUUUCAUGUCCUAUAGUUCGGACCAGCCUAUGGGUGUUUUCCAUGAGUAGAGACUGCAAGAUAGGGUUUAUGUCAUUUAUUUGAAACUUAUGCAAGCUCUAAGUUUCAUAGGUUUUGAGUGUCCUAAUUUUUUUCCAUAUGAAAGAACAUGUCUGCACCCCUCACUAAAGAAACUAAGCUGUGAUAAAUAUUUAUUCCCCUUCAUUGUGCAUUAUAAACUGUUUACAGGUGAAAUUAAAUAUAAAAAUAAUGAAACAUUUUCCAUUUUCAACAUAGUUUAUUUUAAUGCUCUUAUACUGAUGUUCAGAAUUGGACCAGAUGUAUUUACUGGUUUCAACUUUUGUGUUGGCAAACCUUAAAUGUUUUCAUUGUCCUGUACUGUUUUUAUGUUCAAUUUGCUCAUGCUGAGAGAAAAGUGUGAUUGCAAAAUGCAAAUUUGGAUUGCUGUAAGAGGUGGGACCUGUAAGCACUCCAUGAUUCAACUUUCCCUCUCCUCUCCGUUGUUCACUGUUCCCACUGUGGGGGGAAAAAAAGAGAAAUCACAAAAAUGGAAUGUAUUUCACAGUUUGAACCCACAAUAAUGUUUAUGCCUUAUAUAAAAACCAGAAUAUUAAGUGAAUCUCAGAAUCUAACAUGCCAGAAAUACUGAUUAACUAGAGGUGAUCUGAAAAAUUGAGUUAUCACAAUAAAUUGGAAUCAUGGUAUGUUCAGUUAAUUGAAUGAAAUUGAAUUUAUAUUCCCAUGUUUAUAAUUUGAUCAUAGUAUCAAUUUUAAAUAAUAUUUCCAUCACUUUCUUACUAGAUCUCUCCUUUAAUGGAGUAAAAUACUGUGUAUAUUUACACACUUGGCUGGUGUUGUGUGGGUUUCUGUUUUUGUUUUUGGUUUGUGUUUGUUUGAGUUUGGGAGGUUUUUUAACAUUUAAUGGAGUUGUAAUAAAUCAAACACUAUGUAUAUAAUCAAUCAAUUUGCACACUUAUGCUAUUUGUUAAUAUAUUGGCAUGGUUAAUGAUUUUUGGUAAAAACAGAGAUUUUAAAACCCUGUCCCCAGUUCUGCAUUGUAUAGCAUGUGGCUUGACUUAAGUGCCAACCUUUAAGCCCAAUAACUUCAUUGGUGCACUGUUGGGAUGCAGCAGUUUGCCCACAUCCUACAUAUUGCAGUCAGAGCCUAUGUGAUUUGUGAAUUUUAUCUGAUCCAGACACUGAUUUCAGAAUAAUUAUUUUAAAAAUAUCCCUCCCUCUUUAGCACAAAUAAUGCAGUGAGCAAUGUGAGGGGGUAUUGUUGAACCACUUUCUCAAAACAAAGGGCCCAAUUUUCACAAAUUUUUUUUAUGUAUGCAAAGUUGUUAAUUUUUAUGUUUCUCACUGUACACUAGAUUUUUGUGUCUCAAAUUUGCUAUACUUUUUAUGCUUACUCUUGUACUGUAGCAUGUUUAAUGCACCUUUAUUUAGAUAAUAGCCCUUAAACAACAUUUGGAGAAUAGUUUAAAGUUGUUUACCUACAAAAUAAGUGAUGUGCAACAUUACUGCCUUGAGUUUCACAAAUGGGUAAAAUCAAAAAAGUGCUGGUAUACUGUCAUUCAGGAAUGUAUAGUUCUGUAUACAAAUUUGUUUAAUUUAAAACGAGGUAUUUUUUAAUGUUGGAAACACUGCUAUGUUCAAAUUACUUUCAGUGGAAACCUUAUCUGAUAUAUUUGUUGUUCUCACUAAAUGUCACCUGCACUGUUUAGGAAAACACAUAUGUUAGUUUAAAAUGGAUUGCAGUUGUUUCAUUUACAGAAGUGGCUUCACUGAACAAAAGAAUCAUUUAUUGCCAUACAAAGAAAUCAGUAAAAGCUAUAAUAGUAGAACUCAUUUUUGACAGUAAUUCUAGAAUUUGACAUUUUAAUUUGGGAAAGAAGUACUAAUUCCUGAAAAUUGGGCCCUUGUCUCUAUGGAACAGGACAACCUCUGUACAUGGUUAAAAUAAGUCAAUGUAUGGAAUUAUAGUCUCUCUGAUACUUGAUUUGGUGAUUUAAAAAAAAACUGAAAUAGAAGCAUAAAAACAGUGCUUAGUUCUAGUAUUAGAGAAUUCAUUUGAUGUAAUGCCUUGCAUUAACCCUUUGAGCAUUGUAAGGGGAUAAGCAUUUCAGAUAAUUUAACUAUUAGGCUACUGAAGAUAUUGUAUGCAUGUAAGUGUCUGGUUAUGUUGCAACAAUUUUUUUUCCCCAAAGUAAAUAGCUGCAUACUAUAUAGACUUUUGAAUAUGUUGUAGAAGGUUUGAUUGAUUCAGGCUAAAAUAUUCACUGCCAUAUAUGUGUACUGCCUACAAUAAAAAUAGUACUUCAACUCCUUUAGUUUCAUAAUCCCAUAAACAUUUAAUGAAGGACUCAAAUAUAUGAUAGAUAUAAGCUGUGAAAUACUCACAAUGCUUUUAAAGGGUGGAAGUUGAGCAAAAGGGGUUAUUCUGAACUAUUUUGAAAAUCUCAUUAGGGUAGCAUUGGAAAGUACCAGUACUGUAAGUGGAAAUCAUUGGGAAUGAAAAGAGAACACAUUGGUCAUAAUAAGUAAGGAUGAAUUUUGCAGGACCUUUGGGAUGUGUGUUAAAUUUUCUGCACAAUCUUUUCUAUAAGCAAUUGCAAAAAGAACAUAAUUUUAUUUAUACCACUUCACCAUUUUGUCACUGUGAAAUGGCAUAGGGAUAACAAAGAAAAUAGAGGCACUUGGUUUUCAACUUCAUCUGUGAAAGCACUUUUGGAUGGCCCUUACUGAGUGUCAGAAUUUUAACAAACAUACAAAUUUGCACCUGCAUUUUAGUAUCUGAAAAAACACCAUUUUCUCACAAAUGAAUUGUGCACAUAAAAAUAAGGACAUUAAUCUAGAAGUGGGAGGAGACUCUUUGAAAAUAUAGUUCUAAAUGUCACCUUACUAUAUGAGAAUAUUGUAGAUAUUGUACUGGUUCCCUGCAGUAUCAACCAGUGAUCACCAUUAUCUGCAGUUGUGCUUGCUUUAGUCUAGCUGAGUGCAAAAAAAGUCUCAUAAUAAGAUGUUUAGUGGAAUUACAUCAGUAGUGUAGUGCAGAUAUGUUGUAAACAUUUUUAGUCAGGUAAACAAUGCAAAUUCAUGCAUAAUUAAAAACAAAUGCAAUACUCAAAGGGUUUUAAUUUAACAAUUUUUUAUUCAUAAUUUACUGUAAAUGCUUCUCAGUUUGCAUGCCUUGAUCAUUGCUGCUAGUGAUUUUAUGUGCCAGUAGACCUGAGUUUAAUUUACCAGUUUUACUUAAAAAAUAGUAAAAGCCACUUACAAAGUGACUGCGUAGUUUUUUGUUUGAAGUCAAAUAUGCCUUAUUUUCAAAGAUUGUUUUUAACUCUUUUGUUUUGUUUUAAUUUUUAAGUGAAUUAUGAUGAUGGGAUUGGAAGCCCUGAGUAAUGAAAUAUUUGGUAAGAAUUGUUAAUUUAUAUUGGUUAAGGGUGAAAUUCAUCCUAGAAGAGAAGGCCCAGCACAAAAUGGUGAGCCUCAUAUAAGUCAUAGUUGGACACAUGCUUGAUUGCUUUCCUGAAUCAGGGCUGUGUUUAAUGUGGGGCUCAGGUGGUGCAGAUGGUCUUGCAGGGACUGUCUUUUACUGGGCUGAAUUUCACUCUAAACCAAUAAAAGACUUUGUCAGAAGAAUAUAUUAAUUGGGAGGAAUAACCCUCUUUGCCUAAUGAUUAUCAGGGACCCAUUUCAGUACUUCAGGCUUAAGAAGAUUACCUACUGAAGUUAGCAGGUGAUUUUUUUUUAUUAUUUUUUUUUACACAAGGACUAUUAAAGGGAUCCCAAGUAAAUUUUUCUUGAAUAAAACAUUAAAGUGAUUUGGCUUAUAGUUAUACAUUAAAUAUAGUCUUAAAAUAACCCAAUUGAUAUUUUAAAUAUUUGUUGGUCAGAAAAGGUAUCAUUUGUACCAAAGCAAGUUCCCUGAGCCUCUCCCAUCCCCAUUUGUUGCCAGAAAAUUGGAUUUACAAUAGUAACCAGCGAGACUGUUAAAGAAACUUUAAGCGAGUGCCUUUAGAAAACUUGGAAAUUCGUGCCUGAGGUGGUAAACUUUUAAUUAGGUUAAUUGUAGUGCUUACCAACCAGUAAAUUCUACUAUCACUCAGGGCUUUCUUACCUUUUAGGUAACUUCCUUUGUUGUGUUUAUUUUUGUUAAGUGCCAUCAUUAAAUUUCACUUAGUAAGUGGCAGAUUACAUUAUUCAGUCCCACAAGCACAGAAACAUUGUAACACUAGGAGAUAUUUGAACUUUUAUUUCCCAAUUGACUGAAUAUGUUAUGUAAAUGAGGUAAGCAACUUUUUGUAGAUUGUAUGUGUGAGAUAAUGUAAUGUUCUUUUCCAGUUUUUGGAUUACAGUUAAAUAUACUUUUUAAUUAUUUAAAGCAAACAUCUUUACAGAAUAAUGUGCUGGGUUUUUUGUAUAAUGUAUUUGAUUUUGUAAAUAUGUAUUUCCUGAUGUGAUUUUUGUGAGAAAUGCUAAAUCUUUUAGUAUAUCAUGUCCUCUCAAAAUUGGCAGGAGCUAAAUAAUAGUUUGUGGGCAAUUUGUAUUGUGUACUGUACAAUAACUGGGGAACUUUUAUAAUUAUAAAAAUAUAUAUUAACUUUUAGUGUGUUGUUUAAACAAAUGACUGGAACAUACUAAAGAUAGUAGGAUUUUUCUGAAUAUUUCAGACUUGAACUCAGGCUAGCUUUCUUGUGUUUUUCAAAACAAAAUUGUGUCUUGUCUUUUAAAAAUCAAUAAAUUUGUUUUCUUGUUAC